UGCGCUUGUCAACGAAUCGAUAUGUCUGUAUCUACCGAUGGCUAAGCGUCGGCUGCUAGCCGCGGUGUAUCAAACCUUCCCCGUCCUGCCUUGGUUGGGGUUGUGGAAUGGGAUGCCGCCCGAGCAAGCAUGCCUCAAGUAAAAUCCGAGCGGCAGAGGCAAUGGGAGGUGGAUUUGGAGCCCAUUUCGGUUCGGGGAAGUUUUCCAGAAGAGUGCGACCAGGCGGGUUUCCAACCCAGGUGAAAAAUUCUACAUCACUGGCUGCCUGUCAUCCGUCAACGGAGUUCAGUGACUUUUCUACAACAACUGCGACUUAUAAUUCCCCCGGGUACAAGACGUCUAAAAUAACUGUGAGGCUGUCAAGCGAUGGAUCAACUUUGGAAAUUGAAAAGUGUGAAAUCGAGCCCGAGGUUGUCAUACAGCGUUCAGAAAGUGCGCCAAUUUUACCAUCCACGGAUGCAUCUCAGGAGCAGACGACGACAAGCUUCCAACAGAUUGUAUGCGCCGAUGUGGCGCCAGUACCUUAUCAGUUUAGAUCGGAGAAAAAUGAAUAUAAUGACAAUCAUUCCUUACUGUGCUCAGAAUUUCACACCAGAAUUAUUUCUUCAGAACUGCGUGACAAUCGAACGACACCUAUACGUGCACCAAAAGCCACCAUAGACGAACUGGAUGAUUUUUCGAUUACACUUCCGAAAGCAACUUUAGCUGUCCAAGAGGAGACCUAUUUAUUAUCAUCAGCCACUUCGUAUGAGAAAGGGAGUACCAAAAGCCAUUCUUCUCCAGGCCCUUUUCGCCAUGGCAAAAUAGAUAAGUCUUCAUCUGAGAAACAAGAUGUUCAGUUAAGGAAUACCGUUGAUAAUACUGAAUUAUUGGGCAAAGUGGGGGAAAAUCGUCCUGAUUGUAUUGGCCGUCAUUUAAAUUGCAUUGUAAGGACGGAAAGUGCUGAAGUGUUAUGUAUAGGAGCGGACUGCAAAUCUACUUCAUGUUCAUGUAAUGAAGUUCACUUCAAAGAUUCGGUGUCACCGUCUGCAGGAGCAAGUGGAAUUUCAGGCAGAUCUCAUAUUGAAAGUGUUCAACGAAAGCUUGCCUUUUGUUCCUAUUCUCACACGACAGAUGAAUCUUGGGACCGAGGGAUCUUUGGAUUGGGAAACUUUAUCGAAACUCAUGCACAUACCAAAGAACAUUCAAGAGAUGGGAGUGAGAUUGACAUUUAUGGAGACGAUUUAUCAUCCCCCAUUGACAAGGCAGGCGAGCUACCGCAAAUCAGCCAUCAAACAUACGCCGUCCGUGCCAGCAGUCUUGCGAUAGUUGAACCUGGAGAUAGCAUCAAAGCUAAGCAUAAUCACACUGUCAGUGAUAAAACCAGAAACCCGACACACUCCUGUUCCUCUUGUCAGACUCAAAGAUGGGUUCCUGAUAUCACUGGUGCCAAUUUUUACCCACAUAAGAGAUCUGGGGAAGGAAGAAACUUGAUUAAAUCUGUGACAAACGAGAUUACCCUUUCAGUUCCUUGUAUAAGUCACUGCCCACACGGUUAUAAAGAAAAUGUAAAUAUGGUGACUAUGGAGAAUUCUGUAGUGGAGGAAUGUACCACUGAGGGUUUUGAUGAAACUGGAAACUGUGUUUGUACGUUGGAAGUGCCCCACACACCUAGGGUGACCACCAGUGAUUGUUCUUUGACAUGCAAGGAAGGCAUUCCUGUUGUCAUGGAAACUGAAUUGAAAGCUGAAGAAGUUGAGGAGACAGAUGACGUUGUUUCAGAUUGCGACAUUGCUUACGUGCACAGGGAUUUUAUCAAUGUGUUUUUCAGAUUUUGAAGAUAUCUUCGAUGAUGAUUGUGCUGACGCCCACCCACCUGAAGUAGCAUUCUCCAGCCCAGACAAGUGAUGAGCCCUACAAGACAAGACAGUUCCCUGGAACAAGCUAGAGUGUGCGCUUGACAAAGUACAUGGCAUGUGAAGAGGUGCAAGAUGGCUUCGGAGGAGUGUUCACAGGACGAGGUGGAGGGGAGCUUCCAGUGUUCGUUGAGACAGAGUGUUUGUUGUGGAAGUGUAACCUGAUGAUGGCAAGUAGAGAUGGAUACUCAUCAGUUGAGUGUAGAAGUGAGGGAGAAACUGUUGUGUUUGGAAUAAAAAGGUGAGACUGACUUGGCCAUGUUUAGAAGAUUGGUUAAAGUGUAAAAAGUGGUUUAGGAAGAUGUGACUGAGAUCCUGUUUAGUCUGAUAUAAACAGAAGAACCAGCAGGUGUUGGUUGAAGAGGAAUCAGUAGGUGUUGGUUGAAGAAGAACCAGCAGGUGUUGGUUGAAGAAGAACCAGCAGGUGUUGGUUGGAGAAGAAUCAGUAGGUGUUGGUUGGAGAAGAAUCAGUAGGUGUUGGUUGAAGAAGAACCAGCAGGUGUUGGUUGAAGAAGAAUCAGUAGGUGUUGGUUGAAGAAGAAUCAGUAGGUGUUGGUUGAAGAAGAAUCAGCAGGUGUUAGUUGAAGAAGAAUCAGCAGGUGUUGGUUGAAGAAGAAUCAGCAGGUGUUGGUUGAAAAAGAUCCAGCAGGUGUUGGUUGGAGAAGAAUCAGUAGUUUUUGGUUGAAGAAGAAUCAGUAGGUGUUGGUUGAAGAAGAACCAGCAGGUGUUGGUUGAAGAAGAAUCAGUAGGUGUUGGUUGGAGACGAAUCAGUAGGUGUUGGUUGAAGACGAACCAGCAGGUGAUGGUUGGAGAAGAAUCAGCAGGUGUUGGUUGAAGAAAAAUCAGUAGGUGUUGGUUGGAGAAGAAUCAGUAGGUGUUGGUUGAAGAAUCUGCUGAUGUUGGUUACAGAAGAGUCAGCCAAAGUUGGUCACAAAAGAAUCAUCUGAUGCGAUCAGAAGUAAGUGUUUCUCAAGUCAUUGACUGUGUUCAGUGUGUUAAUGGCAGCCUUUCUCACACACUACAGAAUAAAUGAUGGCGUGGCAAAAUCUGUUCUUGGAAAGUUGAAGGACAAAUGUUACUGGUAGUCCUCCACACACUACAGGAAUAAAUGCUGGCGAGGCAAAAUCUGUUCUUGGAUAGUUGAAGGACAAAUGUUACUGGUAGCCCUCCACACACUACAGAAUAAAUGAUGGCGUGGCAAAAUCUGUUCUUGGAUAGUUGAAGGACAAAUGUUACUGGUAGCCCUCCACACACUACAGAAUAAAUGAUGGCGUGGCAAAAUCUGUUCUUGGAUAGUUGAAGGACAAAUGUUACUGGUAGCCCUCCACACACUACAGAAUAAAUGAUGGCGUGGCAAAAUCUGUUCUUGGAUAGUUGAAGGACAAAUGUUACUGGUAGCCCUCAACACACUACAGGAAUAAAUGCUGGCGUGGCAAAAUCUGUUCUUGGAUAUUUGAAGGACAAAUGUUACUGGUAGUCCUCCACACACUACAGGAAUAAAUGUUGGUGUGGCUACAUCUGUUCUUGGAUAUUUGAAGGACAAAUGUUACUGGUAGCCCUCAACAGACUACAGGAAUAAAUGUUGGUUUGGCUGCAUCUGUUCUUGGAUAGUUGAAGGACAAAAGUUACUGGUAGUCCUCCACACACUACAGGAAUAAAUGCUGGUUUGGCUGCAUCUGUUCUUGGAUAGUUGAAGGACAAAUGUUACUGGUAGCCCUCCACACACUACAGGAAUAAGUUGCUGGCGUGGCAAAAUCUGUUCUUGGAUAGUUGAAGGACAAAUGCUGAGCAGGUGCCGUCAUGCACUGAUUUGCUGUUUUCUCUGAAAGACUGCUGUGAAACCGAGGUACAGACUUAUCUUGUUCAUAGUAUCAUAUGACCAUGAUAUGAUACUGCCUCCACCCUCUGAGACUGAAGGGCAUGACCUUAUUGCCUUAUUCAUACCACUUGUUAGAAUCUUCCUAUGUGUUGUUUCCCAGUGUCUCUGACACUGGACAUACCUUGAUUUCCAUGCGAUAUCUGUUCCGUUUGGGAAAGAUCGAUCACCAUUGACUGUAAAUUGUCUUUAGGUUUGUUUUUUUAUUGCACUUCUUUUUUUAGACUAAACUGUUUCCAUUGAUUUAGAGAUUUAGAAUUUUAAGUGUCUGAUUAAAAUAAUUGCAUUUCCAUUUUGUUUAUUUCAAUAUCCUAUUUAUGUGUUCUAUGUAUCAAGUGAUUUAUGACACUCAACUUGGUUGUGAAUUGCUGUACUUUGAUUAUUUUCUCAUCAUGCAACCUGCAAUUUGUUUUAUUCCUAAACAAAGUUCUUUCAUUGGUCUUUUUAUAUUAUUUGACAACUUUUUGACACUGGAAACCAAUUUGUUUCUUUCAGAACUAUGUUGCUAUUCUGAGAUGAAAUAAAUGUCUUUAACACAAAUGUUCAAAGGUGUAAGUGAAGUUAUAUCAUCGCCUCUUUAUCCAUUGCCUGAUCCAUUGCAUCAUAAUUCUCAUCUUUCAAUUCUGGACCAAUGAACAUCAGUGAACAUCAAUGAAUAUCAAUGAAUAUCAAUGAACAUCAAUGAACAUGGUAUGCAUGUCCAAGUAUAGAUGACUCUUUCAAAAAUAUUAUAUUAAAAUUGAUCAAUUAAUAUAAUAUGUCAAUACUUCUGUUGAUAGGAAACACAAAACACACAAAAAACAAGAGACUAAAUGUUGUUGGCUUCCAACUUUGGCCAUUUUAGAUAAAAAAAUGUUUGUUUUGUUUUUUGUCAUCUCAAGAUCUCUGUAUAUAUGUCCACACUUUACACGAAUGUUAGUUACUUUAUAAACACAGUUUGAAAUAACUUUGAAUAUUUUAAGACCUCCAGUCUGAAAAAUAUAAUUUUUGAUACAAAUUGAAACAAACAUCCUUUUUUAGACAGAUAUAUUUUUCAGAAUCUUUGAAAGUGCAAGGGGCAGGAAUAUGAAACUCUUGUGGAUGACAAGUGUUAUGACAUCCUGAAUCAAUGCAGAUCAAAAAGAUUGUUGGAAAUGAGAUGCCACACAUAGGUGUGUGUAGGGUGUUUACAGUUACGGAUAUGUGCAGAAUGAUGAGAAUUGUCUGUCUUGGUCCAGUAGGUCACAAGAGCUAAUAUUUCUGCAGUAUUUUGAAUUUUGUCCUUGAUUGAUCUUUUCGUAUCAGGCCAUAUUAAAUUAUUUAUCAGAUGAUAUUUAUCAACAGUUAAUGUACACACAUGCAUUAAACAGCAUGGUUAAAAAAGAAACGUGUACAUACAAUUAAAUGCCUUGGCUUCAUAUUACAUUUCUAAUUUGGUUGAAAGCCUAAUUACCAAUUUAUUGUUGCCUAUGGAGAUGGGAUAUAUUUUUAAUGUCUGCAACUAAUAAGUUUAAAGACAUGAUUUAAUGAGGACUAGUUUAUUCAGUUUGGAAAUAUUCGACAUGCACUUAAGCAUGUCUUUCUAUGGAUAACAGUGUAUGCUUCAUAAUACGCAGAAGGGGCGGUCGGGUAGCCUAGUGGUUAAAGCGUUCGCUCGUCACGCCGAAGACCCGGAUUCGAUUCCCGACAUGGGUACAAUGUGUGAAGCCCAUUUCUGGUGUCCCCCGCUGUGAUAUUGCUCGAAUAUUGCUAAAAGCGGUGUAAAACCAUACUCACCCAUUAUAUGCUGAAAAUUUGAAAAAUAUCCUUGUUAUUGGUGAUAGAAAUGACUGACGUGCAGGAUUAAAAAUAAUCAUCUCCUUUUUUCAGGCUAAUAAUAUGUAAUCAUGUGAGCUCCAGAACUAGGGCACUACUUUCGUAAUUGUCCUGGGCCUGAUUAUUUUUGUUACAAAAAAUCAACCCAAGCCCCUCCCCCACCACUAGAUAUGACGUUUUCAAUAUCUUAUGCACUCAACACACCGAAGAAAUAUUUUUAAACAUUCAUUUUAUUCAUUUGACAAAUCAUAAUCAUAACAGAAUGAUGAUAGCAUCUAUAUAUUUGCUAUCUACAAACAACAGGCAGGCCACAAUCAUAGUACGUUAUCAGUAUCCUUCUACAUAGUGCCUGCCAUGUAGACAUGAAAGUGUAGAGUUGUUGUCUGAGAUGUCUUGUUCAUCCUGACAUAGUCUGGAGUAGGAAUUUUGCAUGAAUAAUCAUAAAAAUUCCUUAAUCCUAACUGAUAGGAUAGAUAUUUCAACAGUGUAUUCUUUAUGUACCCUGCAUAUGUCUAUCUAAUUAAUUAUUGUACUAAUUAACUGACCAAAAACUUGCUCAAGGAUUUGUGUUGUAAGUAGAGUAGACAUAUGCUGAACUUAAUCAGUUAGGGAUGAUGAAUAUUUUGAUGGAUAUUUUUAUGAAAUUGUGAAAUCUCCCAAAAUAUGCAUGAUCCCUAACUGAUUUUGUUCAGUAUCUGAUAUUUAGAAGUAGAAGUGGCUGAUGCAACUUUGUGAUACGGAGUUCGGCAGUGUACUAAAGACUAUAUAUUUUCAAUAAUUUGAUGGGGGUACAGGUGGCCAAGUCGUCUAAGGCACUGCAAUUUGCUGUGCAGAGUUGCAUCCCUUGGGCACACCUAUGAUCGU